AUGACAAGGAGGCUUUUAAAUUGCCGAUUAUAUUCACACGCCUUUCAUGUUACUACUCCGAUAUUCUACCCAAAUGCAAAGCCCCAUUUAGGUCAUCUAUACUCAAGUCUUCUUUGUGAUGUGUUCCAUAGGUGGCAAUUGUUCAAAGGUAACGGAUCUUUAUUUACCACAGGCACUGAUGAGCAUGGUCUCAAGAUUCAAUUAGCAAGCAUGAAUAUGCACUAUGCGAAUCCAAAAGAGUUCGUCGAUGAACUCUACAAAGAUUUUGUACGUUUAGAUGAAAAUGCCAAUAUUAAGUACACAAGGUUCAUAAGAACUACGGAUCCAGAUCAUGUCAUCAAUGUUAAAAAAUUAUGGAAUUUAUGCCUUAAAAAUGGCUACAUCUACAAGGGGCAACAUAGUGGUUGGUACUCAAUAUCUGACGAAACCUUCUAUCCCGAAUCUAGAGUGAUUCCAGAUCCAAAAGACUCACGCAAGUACAUCAAUACAGAAUCCAAUAACGAUGUUGUCUAUCAUUCUGAGACAAACUAUUUUUUCAAACUAUCAGCUUUCAAGGAUAGGCUUGUGUCUCAUAUCUCAAAUAAUCCUAGCUUCAUAAGUCCGGAAGUGAAACGCCAGCAGAUCCUAAAAGAAUUGACUGGUGAAGGAGCUUUACAAGACCUUUCUGUAUCUAGACCAUCCUGCCGUUUGAAAUGGGGCAUUGAUGUGCCCCAAGAUCCUUCUCAAAAGAUUUAUGUGUGGUUUGAUGCUCUUUGUAAUUAUAUUUCAUCAAUUGGCGGAAUUGAUGCGAUAUCAAGGAAUAACUUAGUACCGACUAACGCGAUUUGCCAUAAUAUGGAAGGAAAUCCUUAUCAAAACUCCAAAUUGCAUCCCCAGUUAUGGUGGAAAAAUACUACUCAUUUGAUAGGCAAAGACAUAAUAAAAUUUCAUACGAUAUAUUGGCCUAGUUUUUUGAUGGCGGCGAGCCUACCAUUACCUAAAAGAAUUGUGGUUCACAGUCACUGGCUCUGUGACGGAUUUAAGAUGUCAAAAAGCUUGGGAAAUGUGGUCGACCCCAUAGAAAUGAUUGAAUACUACGGCGAAGAUCCUUUGAGAUGGUUUUUGCUUGAAAACUCCCAGCUGGAGGAAGAUGGAGAUUUUCAAGAAAGUAAACUGUUUAAGGUAAAAGAAAUGAUGGCUAUGAAGUGGGGAAAUUUGAUCAACAGAUGCUGCGGUAAUAAAUUCAAUCUUCAAAGGGCAGUUUCUACGUUCUCAAACGGAGAGACUCAGGAAUCGGUGCAGAACGUUUUUGAAAGUGAGUCAAUGAUAAAGAAAAAGAUUGAACAGAUUUUUCUUAAUCUUUCGGAGCUUUCGUUGUUGUUGGAUCAUUGUAUAAACAGUUUUCAAUUGAGAGCUGCAUUAAGGACCGUCUGGUCACUCAUUGACGAAGCUAACACUUUAAUUCAGCUAUCUGAGCCGUGGUCUAGAAACUCGAAGGAACAGGAUGCGAUCAUAUAUACGUGUAUGGAAACAUCUCGAAUUAUUUCUAUUUUAUGUCAGCCGAUUAUACCAAAGCUCUCAUGUGAACUGUUAGAUCGAAUUGAUGUCUCUGCAGCAAAGAGAACACUGAAAUAUGCAGAGGCCCACACAGACAACUCUUACGGGUCGAAUGCUAAUUCGAAGGGUCGAGGAGCGCCUAUAAAGAGAAUAAAUAAAAGAGCUCAUUAA